UUCCCAAGGCUAGAGAUACAGACCGCUGUAUCCAACUUCUCUAAUCCUUCACCUUCUGCCAUCUCUACAUUGUCAUCAUGUCGCCAACCGUGCCUGCCACUGUGCUGGGUGCCAUGGAGAUGGGACGCGGCAUGGACGUGACCUCCAGCACCGCCUCGGUGCGUGCCUUCCUGCAGCGUGGCUACACUGAGAUAGACACCGCCUUCAUGUAUGGGAAAGGCCAAUCUGAGACUAUCCUAGGUGGCCUGGGACUCGGGCUGGGCCGCAGCGGCUGCAAAGUAAAAAUUGCCACCAAGGCUAUUCCAUUGUUUGGGACCACAUUGAAGCCUGAUGAUGUCCGGUUCCAGCUGGAGACAUCCCUGAAGCGGCUGCAGUGUCCCCGGGUGGACCUCUUCUACUUACACUUACCAGACCACAGCACCCCUAUAGAGGAGACCCUGCAGACCUGUCACCAGCUGCAUCAGGAGGGCAAGUUUGUGGAGCUUGGCGUGUCCAACUAUGCCUCCUGGGAAGUGGCUGAGAUCUGUACCAUCUGCAAGAAAAAUGGCUGGAUCAUGCCAACUGUGUACCAGGGCAUGUACAACGCCACCACCAGGCAGGUGGAGAAGGAGCUCUUCCCCUGCCUCAGACACUUUGGACUGAGGUUCUAUGCCUACAACCCUUUGGCUGGGGGCCUGCUGACUGGCAGAUAUAAAUACCAGGACAAGGAAGGGAAGCAUCCCUUGAGCCGCUUCUUUGGGAAUGAAUUUUCUCAGAUGUACAUGGACCGGAGAGGCCGAGCAAGCAAGCUUCCUGGUGGAGGCUCCAGUGCCGAUUUUGCUGAAAAGGCCAAAGGUCUACUGGAAGGAGGAAUACUUCAAUGGCCUCGCCUUGGUGGAGAAGGCUCUGAAGUCUACCUACGGCACCAGCGCCCCCAGCAUGACCUCCGCUGCCCUGCGCUGGAUGUACCACCACUCACAGCUCCAGGGCACUCGAGGGGAUGCAGUCAUCCUGGGCAUGUCCAGCCUGGCACAACUGGAGCAGAACUUGACCUUCAUUGAAGAAGGGCCCCUAAAGCCGGCUGUCGUGGAAGCCUUUGACCAAGCCUGGAACCUGGUUGCCCAUGACAGUCCCAAUUACUUCCGCUAAGAUGGUUCUGAUUUGGGAAGGUGCAGAGGUUACCAUCUGCCACCCAUUGUCCUCUACCCUGGCCUCUACCCUCAAGUCCCAGCCUUGAGUUGAUUCAGCUCUUCUCUUUUCAUCCAGGUCAUUGUUUCUUGUUUUUUUUUUUUUUUCUACUGCCUUCCUAUAUAACCAAUGUGAGAGCAUGCUGAGCUCUGCUCCAGUAUCUCCUGUUGAAUAAACUGUUAACCUGUCA